UCUUCCAGCUGCCGCGGGAUCGAGCUGGGAAAGGCACGGCGUCAGAAAGAAACCAGCCUUGGUGUUACAUUUAGCACACUGGACAAGACGUCUGAUAACUGAAUAAUUAUGUUCAGGAGCAGAGCAUUUCGUCUGUUGAAACUGAUUCCCUCGAUGUCUUGGCAGUCAAAUUUGGCUUACAAAUUUAUUCAUCCGGUUAUUGCUUCUCACGGACAUCGCUGUCACACAAGUCUGAUUUGCAAACAAAGGUACAGGACACAUGCACAUAGUGCUGGAAGACGAGCAAUAACUGCUGGGACCAAGGUCAUGGCAGAAGGAGAGUUGCCGGCUGUUUUGAUCCUGGAUAUAGGAGGAACUCACGGCGUGCUAGAAGACCUUGCAGCACUUUUGAAGAAACACUUUCACCUUAUCACCAUGAAGGAAUUUCUUGGAAACAAAGAAGAAAUGAGCAAAAAAAUCCAAUCUGUUUUUGUGUUUGAGUGCAGGCCAACUAUUGAUCGUGAGCUUCUAAAAAGCCUGCCUAAUUUAAAGGUAAUUGGAAACUCUGGGGUUGGAGUGGAUCACUUAGACUUGAAAAUGAUCUCGAGCUUUGGUGUAAAAGUCACCAACACCCCGCACGCCGUGGCAGACCCAACAGCAGACAUAGGAAUGGCCUUGAUGCUGGCCUCUGCCAGAAGACUAGUGGAAGGCUGCCAGAUUGCAAUAUCUCCAGACACAAAGCACUUUGCUGUUGACUGGCUGGGAGUGGAAGUAACUGGAGCCACACUUGGCAUCAUUGGGAUGGGCAGCAUUGGAUACAAAGUGGCUCAGAGAGCCAGAGCCUUCAACAUGAGGAUCCUGUACCAUAACAGAAACCGGAGACGAAAGGAGGAGGAAGAGGCUGUUGGUGCCCACUACUGUGCAAAGAUGAAAGACUUGCUGCAGCAAUCUGACUUUGUUAUGUUGGUUGUGAACCUGACUCCUGAGACUCACAAACUGAUUGGGAAAAAGGAGCUGGGGCUGAUGAAACCCACAGCUACUCUUAUAAACAUCAGCCGAGGUGCAGUUAUUGAUCAAGAUGCAUUGGUAGAAGCUCUCCAGAAUAAGGUUAUUAGGGCUGCAGCUCUGGACGUGACAUACCCUGAGCCUCUGCCAAGAGAUCAUCCUUUAUUAAACCUGAAUAACGUCAUCAUUACCCCACACAUUGGAACUGCAACAGUCCAAGCCCUCCGUAUGAUGGCAGAAGAAGCAAUAGCAAAUAUACUGGCUGUUCUCAAUGACCAACCCAUUCCAAGUGAAGUGUUUCCCAAAUGAGUGCCAGAUGAUGCCACUAAAUCUCCUGUGUAUGGGAAGGCACUAUUUCUUACCACUUUUAAGAUGAAAAAAAAAAGCACAACCUGUUCCUGCACUGCUCCUCAUGAUGCUGCAGAAUUGUCAGACUUGAUCUGCUCUGUUGCUUACAAUUCCAAAAAAUAAAGUGAAGCUAAUAAAAGAGAUUUGUUUGAAGA